CUCCCACCAAGGCACUUAGGAUGUCCUCUCCCACACAACUCUCCUCAGUCAUGGUCACUGUGAUGCCGAUAUUCCCCUCAUCCAUGCCAGUGGGGUCUGUGGAGCCUAAUACUACGUCCUGUCAACAGUGGCAGCAGUCUCACCACCUGUUCUUCCACCUGGGGAACUUGUCACUGUUGCUGGGUUUGAUCCUUCCCACCACACUGGAUCUGCACAUGAUCCUGCUGCGCCUCUUUCUAAUGACAGGAUGCAGCCUCUUCAUCGCCUGGGCAACACUGUACAGAUGCAACCUGGAUGUGUUGGUGUGGAACGUGAUCUUUCUGCUGGUCAACUUCAUGCACUUCUUUUUUCUCUUGUACAAGCGCAGACCAAUCAAAAUCGACCGGGAGCUCCGGCUGGUCUACAAGCGACUGUUUAAGCCUCUCCACGUUCAGGAGGCGCUUUUCCAGAGGCUGACAGGACAGUUCUGCACAAUCCAGACACUGAAAAAGGGCCAGGCCUACGCUGUUGAGGACAAGACCUCUGUGGAUGAACGCCUCAGCAUUCUACUUAAAGGAAAGAUGAAAGUCUCGUACCGAGGACAUUUCCUGCACAACAUCUACUCAAACUCUUUCAUUGACUCACCAGAAUUCAGGUCCACAGAGAUGCACAAAGGAGAGAAGUUCCAGGUGACCAUCAUGGCAGAAGAUAAUUGUAAGUUCCUGUGCUGGUCCAGGGAGAGGCUGACAUACUUCUUGGAAUCUGACACCUUCCUUAAUGAGGUCUUCCGAUACCUGGUUGGCAAAGACAUUACCAACAAGCUGUACUCCCUCAAUGAUCCUAAGCUCAGCGACAAGGCGGUGAAGAAGAUGGACCGUCAGCCCAGCCUGUGUUCUCAGCUGUCCAUGAUGCAGAUGAGGAACAGCAUGGCUAGCACCAGCGACACUGAUGACAUCCUCAAUCAGAUCCUGCGAGGGGGGUCUACUGAAAAGUCACCUGUUGCCAAGUCGUCUGCUAAAAUGAAGCGGAUAGAGGAGGGGAUGGAGGACAACGUCUUUGAAGAAUCGGUUCCCGACCACCAUUUAGAGAACACUUCAGCUGAGGAGUAGGACAGCAGGGGACCCACUGAUGCUUUUAUGAUUCUGCAGUUAAUUCAAACCCAACUAUGAAGACACUGAAGACAGGAGAAGCUCGAUUUGGGAGUCAGCCUAUCUAAGGAAUGGUUUCUUUAAGUUGUGAAACAAAAUAUGGUUUCUUUAGUGACACUUUUAGCCUAUGACUCAACUGUUUGGCAAAGUCUGCAAAUAGUGAAGAGCUUGUUAAGCAGCAGUUUGUGUUUCAGCAUAUGUUGAUUUGUCACAUUUGUGUUUUAUUCAAAUGUUCAUUUUUUAACUUUCUCAUAUCUCACUGUAACUUCAUAUUAAGAAAAAUCAACAGAUAUCUGUCUUCACUUCAAGUCACUUUCACAUGUUGCUAAGACAACCCAUGUAAAAGAAAAGAUAUCACGUGUUAAAAUAAAGGAACUGAAAACAAA